CACAGUUUAGUUGUAGGAAAAAAAUCGCCGGCGAAGAAAAUUUUCUUUGUUUGUUUUUAUCCGUCAUUAGAAUUAAGUUAGACUUUAGCAUUAAUAUGACGACCUCGGGCAACAUCUGCCGCGUCUGCAGCAGCCCCGCGGACUAUGAAAUCUUCGCCAAGAUUCCCACCUACCUGCACGGAUCCACGAACGAGUUUCUCAACUGGCAGAAGCCCAUUAGCGUUCUACUGGAGGAGACAACGGGCCUAAAGAAUUCCACAGACGACGGCCUGCCCCGCUACAUAUGUGCGCCCUGCAUCUCGUAUCUCAAGCACGCCGUCACCUUCCGGGAGCAGUGCAUCAAGAAUGCCCUCAGUCUUAAGGUGGCGGAGCUAUACCAACAGAAGGCAGUGAACAUCUCGGACUCGAACAAAGUAGACAAGGAGAACGCCCUUUUUACCCCCGCGGACCUGCGGUACGUCGAGCAGCGACCGGUGCACGACCUGCUGCUGAACAACAGCCGAGCUAAAGUGCAGGCCCCCAAGGACAAGGUGCACAAGCGACUGCUAAACCAGACGGCUCCGCAGCUGGACGGCAGCUCUGAGCAGCGAAUCCAGUAUCUCAACGUGCUUUUUGACAAGCACCAACAGCACAACAGCUUCCAGAGGCAUUCCAGGGACACUGAGCUGCCCACGAGCAGCGGCAACGAUGGCACAAACGAAGACGACGAGGACUAUGGUGCGGUCAGCUCCAGCGACGACAAUGAGGAGGCCGCCCUGCUGCGCAAGCACAAAAACUGCUACAACUACAGCGAGACCAACUUCGAGGAGGACGACCCAAUGGAUCAGGACCAGGUGCAGUUGCGCGACAUCAAGGUGAAUAUACCGGAGCCCAUGUGGAAGGAGCGCAAGUGCCCGGCAUGCUCCAAGCGCUUCAUGUUUGAGGACUCGCAGCAGUCGCACCUGGACAACUGCGUGGAGUACCAGUUCGUAGCGUUUGUAACCGAGGUGACCAAGCUGCUGGAUAUUAGGCGGCAGAAGAUGGUAUCGCCCCACGAGUUCAUCCGUCGGAUGAUUUUUUCCCUCCACAAGACCUGCACCUGGCUGCAGGAACAUUCCGUAGACUCGCUUCUGGCCGAGAAGCUCAACCAGGUGAAGAUCUCCAAUGGCGAAAAGACAACUGAAGCUCCGGUGCCGACUGAGGUUCCUGCUCCGCUUCUGGCAGAGGAUGAACCAUUUGCAACCUUUGACUUCAUCAGCGGCACAACGACACCGAUUACGGAAGAGAACAAUGUCCUGUAUGCCAUUGCUCGCUCCGAGAGCCGCAACUCGACAUGUACGCCGACGGUAAAGAAGCCAAUUCCCAUACGUGGGACGGGAAUGCCUCUGACAAUGGGCCAGGGCCCAGGCGACAAACUCAAGGAACGGGCCACGUUUCUGGAAAAGCUGCAACGAGCGGCCGUCACACCCGGCUUAGAUACCCCACCAUGCCAGUCGGGCUUGGCUCCAAUAUUCUCUGCUCGAUGCGGGCAGUGCAAUUUAGUAUUUGACUCGGUCUCCGAAUUGGAGGUCCACAACGGAACGCAUCACAAUGGCCACUGUGGCAAGGAGAUUACCGCUGACGCCGAGGCGCAGCGACGACACAUAAUUGCCCUUUUCGAAGACGACAUCUGAAUUAUCCAAAGAACUGUUUUUCCUUUUUUUUAACUUGUAUUAUUUAUUUAUUUUAUGUCUUUAUGUUUCCCACUUGGGAUUACCUCCAACAAGGUCCUAUCACAUUCUCAUGUAGUCGAAGCCAAGGGCUUUACUCGUUUAUACAGACCAAUAAAGAGAUUCGCAAGACUUAACCUUAAA